GUGUAAUCACGUGUUUAUCUGCGUUACCAUGGUUACUGGCGCCUCUCACAGACCAACGCGCGCGUUUUCUAAACAGCGUCUUUAGGAGCGGUUCAGCUGCGCUACCUCUCGUCACCUCUGUCUCCUCACCAAGAUAUUUAGGUUAGAAAGCCAUGCCUAAUAUUAGAAAAACGAAGCGUUCCACCAGAGGCUCAGUGGUUGUCCACUCUGAAGGAACUGUAGUUACACCAGCUGCAGCACCAACUGCACAAUUAAGCAUUGAUAAACUCUGUGAAGAGACCAAACGGCUUAAUGAGGAAACAAGGUUCUUGAAAGAGGAGAAUCGCCUCUUAAAAGAAGAAAAUCGACUCCUUAAAGAAGAAAAGGAUUUCCUUCGUGAGCAACUUGGCAAGAAAGAGACUGGGAGUACUUCUAAAUCUGCAAAAGAAGAUCUUCUCAGCAGCAGUGGAAGUGAUUGCAGGACGAUUUCUUCAAAGAGCGUCUGACCUGGUCUUUGAAGGAUAAGGUCAGGGGGGUUUGAUGAGGCUGAGACUGAUGUGUUCCUGCGGGGCUUUAGGUGAGGAAAUCUGCCCUCGGGAUUUCUAACAAAGCAAAGCCAGCGUAAUGACUCACAUUACAUCACUUCCUUAUCUCCUGCAGACACUGGAUUACCACCAUUGCACUGCGGCUGGACAUUCUGACACUGUUCUUACACUGCUUUCCCCUUUCUACAGCAGACUACAUCGAGCCCUCCGCAAUCAGCCAUUGUGUAGAAAUAAAGAAGGAGUGGAUCUAAAUCUAAGACCUUUCCCAGGACUUGGAGACAUGUGCAGGUUACCUAAUGACUCAACAGGGCCUGAGAGCUGCCUGACUCUACUAUUCCUCUCCUACUUAUCUAAAAAGUGUGGUUUUAGUAGCUCACUAAAUCAAAUCAAAUGUA